AUGGCUGUUGACGAAGAGGGUCAAAAAGAGAUUACGAAGAACAAAGGAGAGAUCAGUUUGGACAUUGAAGAUCUUCUUCCUAGAGGGAUGGCUAAGAAAACGCUUUGGGCACGGGGAGUCGACAUAUCUACACAAGUAGUGAGGUUGAUUAUCAACCCUGCUGACACUAAGAAGAUCUUGAGUGGUUGCAAGGAAAAAGGCAUUAAGUUGUGUGGAGCAUUAGGUGCCACCGGGCUGAUUGCAGCGCACAGUUCUAAAAGCAUUUCAGAUCAUCAAAAGAAGAAAUAUGGUGUUGUAACACUCACUGAUUGCCGCUCAAUUCUUGAACCUCCUCUUUCCGAUCACCACUUCGGGUUUUACCACUCAGCAAUUCUCAACACGCACACCAUUAAAGGAGGUGAGAAGCUUUGGGAUCUAGCCAAGAAAACGUACACCGCGUUUACAAACUAUAAGAGCAGUGGCAGGCACUUGUCAGACAUGGCAGACCUUAAUUUCUUUAUGUCCAGGGCCAUGGAAAACCCUAGCUUGACUCCAUCGUCUUCAUUGAGAACAUGUUUAAUAUCGGUGUUCGAGGACACCGUGGUGGACGAGUCAAAUGACCAGAAAAACCAAGUCGGCGUAGAGGACUACAUGGGAUGUGCUUCCGGUCAUGGCAUUGGGUCAUCGAUCGCCGUAUUUGACACCAUAUGCAACGGCAGACUCGAUUGCAUAUGCGUUUACCCUUCGCCCUUGCAUUCAAGGGAACAAAUGUAG